AAUUCUGCAAGUGGUUCUGAUUUACUAUUGCUGUUCUCUAGCUGGUCUAAAACCGAUUUUGACCUAAAGGGACGCUUUUUGGACACCAUGGACAUUUCUCAGUUUCCAGGCAGAAAGAAUGGUAAAAAUGCAGGCAGGGGACAGGACAAAGCACUCGGGACAAAAUGUAUGUGAAAUGAUUUGAUACAUGAAUUCAGUGAAUGUCACUGUUUGUCAUUUUCAAAUUUCCCGCCGUUCCGUCCCCCGUACGUCCCGACAUUGCAGGGAACGGAACCCAGAAGACAGAUGCCGGCAUCCACCGGAGGACAUUACAGGGGACACUGCAGGAGGAACAU